AAAAAAUGGGAGGAAACGCUUUGGGAAGUCAGUUGUCGAGUGAUUUCAGGUCAGACGGUUCUCGUGUUGGAUUACUCAAGUUUCAGUAUCCUACCAUGAGAGCAAGCCUCGCCUGAAGCCACGUUUACUUUGUUGCCUUAUUCAGCCAAUCCCGACGAUGGACCAUCACGAGUUCACGCCCCCUCUCAAUAGCAGCCAAUCCGUGAUAAGUGGGAUGGACAGGUCCCCUGCUAUGGCUUUCAAACCUGGCCACUCACGGAGCGGCAGUUCUGGCUCCUCCCGACACUCUCGCCAGACGUCUCGUAACUGGGAGGUGAUGGAGGACCUCCAGGUGGACGUGGCCCAGGCGCCUAGCACGGAGCUGGACCUCAGCAUCCCUGGCAUCUGUGAGGGCUUUCUCAUGAAGAAGAGGAAGUACCCGAUAAAGGGCUGGCACAAGAGGUACUUCCAUUUGGAGAAGGGGAUCCUUAAGUAUUCCAAAACACAGCACGAUAUCCUGAAAGGGAAGCUCCAUGGCUCCCUGGACGUCAGUCUAGCCGUCAUGUCCAUCAACAAGAAGUCCAAGCGGAUUGAUCUGGACGCCGGAGACAGCUUGUACCACAUGAAGGCCAAGAGCCACGACCUGUUCUACAUCUGGCUGACCAAGCUGUGUGCCCACCGCAGCUUCAAGAAGAACGAGGCCAUGAGCGUCCACCACGGCGUGCUUCACGCGCUCUCUGCGGGCAACGGCUCCCUGCCGGCCAUGGCCAGCCUAGCCCAGAGGACCAGGGCCGUGCCCAGCAUGGCUCAGUACGCCAGCUCCAUGUCGGGGUACCAGGCUGAGGUGGAGACGCCGGCCCCGGCUGCUCCUGGGGUGAACAGCAAGGUGUCGGCCUGGCUGCAGCAGACGCACGAGGCCGACGCCUGCUCUCAGGAGCUGGCUCGCUGUCAGCUGGACCUGACCGAGCUGGCCCAGCUCAGCCAGAGGCUGCAGUGGUUGGAGGCAGACCUGCCCAUCACCGACACAGACCUGGAGCGCCGGAUUAGCAUGCAGAAUAUCUUACUGGAGAAGCCUGAGAAGCCGAAGAAGCCAAAGGCAGGAAAGAUGUUUGGUCACUCGCGCACCCUGUCGAGAGGGGAGAAUCUCGGCAUGCUAUCCACAAACAACCUGAGUGUCUCCAGUGGCAACCACCUGGGGAGGUCCAUGCAGUCCAUCCCUGACUACGUCUUCACCCAGCUCUCCAAACCUCCUGUUACCUCCCCAGAGGCCAAGAAACUGCAGCAGGACAUUUGCGCUGUGUCCCAGAGAAUCCACGCCUCGCUGAAGUCUGUUCACGAGGCUCUGACUCUGGAGCGAGAGAGGGUCCGUCAGGCGUGGACUGGACCAGACCUGCGCCAGUCCACCUCCCAGCAGCUGGCCACCCUCUGCAGCACUAUGUCUGAGCUUGAGGUGCAGUCUCGUCUGACCAAAGUGCACACCCUCUCCUUGUCCUCUGAUUCCACUGAGGAGUCCUACUCUACCGUUCGUCAGGACCAGACGACACCCUCUAUGAACCGCCACCCGCACCGCACCCCCUCCGUGGCCGAGUCCAUGGCGGAGUACUUCGACGCCAACGAGGUCAUCGUGUGCGAGACGUCGUCGGAGAACGAGGCGUCCGACGAAUCGGGCCUGAGUGACGUCACCACGACAAGCACCUCGGAGCCGGAGGAUGCGCAUGCCACCAACCAGUACCGCGCCAGCCUUUCCAAAGCAACAGACAUGCCCGUUGCCGUGCCCACCAACACAGGCCGUCGGACCGCCCUGGCAGCCCACUGCACGGACAACAGCCACAUCGGCAUCAUGACCAUCCUGUACAACAACAUCGGCAAGGACCUGUCGCGCGUGUCCAUGCCGGUCGCCCUGAACGAGCCCCUCUGCCUGUUGCAGAGGGUGAGUGAGGAGCUGGAGUACUCCGAGUUGCUGGACAUCGCCAACCGCACGGACGACCCCUUCGAGAGGAUGGUGUACAUGGGAGUGUUCUCCAUCUCUGGCUAUGCCUGGGCUUCCUGGCGUAACCGCUACAAACCCUUCAACCCUGUCCUGGGGGAGACCUACGAGAGCCACCGUGAGGAGCGCGGCUUCCGCUACGUCAGCGAGCAGGUGAGCCAUCACCCUCCCAUCUCGGCUUGUCACGCCCAGUCUGAGAACUUCACCUUCUGGCAAGACCAGAGAUGGAAGAACAAGUUCUGGGGGAAGUCCAUGGAGAUCAUCUCCUCUGGACCUGUCAACGUUACCCUGCCCAAGUACGGGGACCACUACGAGUGGAACAAGGUGGUGAGCUGCGUCCACAACGUGCUGAGUCAGCAGAGGUAUCUGGAGCACUACGGAGAGGUGACCAUCAAGAACAACAAGAGCGACGACUGCACCUGCAAGAUCACCUUUGUCAAGUCCCGCUACUGGGGUUCUGACAACAACAAGAAUGAGGUCCAGGGGACGGUGCUGAACCGGGCCGGUGAGGUGGUCCAUCGCUUCGGAGGCCUGUGGCACGAGGGCAUGUUCUGUGACACGCUGCCCACCCCCAAGUGUAUCUGGAAGCCCAACACGCAGCCGGACGACCAUGUGCACUACUACGGCUUCUCCAGCUACGCCCGGGAGCUGAACGAGAGGUGACUAGGCCACCACGUGGGGGUCAGGGACCUGGAGGCCUGUUCCAUUAAGAGAGUUUACGGAAUAAGUCAGGCUUAUGUCAGGGGAAAGUAACUGGCAUAAGCCUGGCUUAUUUGGUCAACUCGCUUUGUGGAACAGGCCCCCUGGUGGAUGUAGGCCGUAGACUGAUCAGGUCGAUGCUGAAGCUGUCUUUUCCCACCCCAGGCUGCUGGAGGAGGGCAGGGUAGCGGAGGCGGACA